AACCUUCCCCGUGUCUCCUCUCCUCUCUAUUCGCACAAUUUCUCUCUACCUCUCUUACUCCUGUACCUCUCUUACUUUUACUUCUCUUGUACAAUUCAAUAAUUCAUUUCCUAAAAUUCAAUAAUCAACCAAGAAUCAAGAAAUAAAUAAGCUACUAUCACACUUUUGAAUCAUUUAAUUGGCUCAUUGAGGAAAAAUUGUCCAUGGAGCAGUACUGUGAACAGCCUGCAACACAAAGUAGGUGCAGCAGGGGAGACAUGAACAAAUGGAAUUCACCGUCCACUGUAGAUGCUGGGAAAGAGAGUAAUUCAUCUGAUGGUUUUGACUGCAAUAUCUGCCGAGACCUUGUUCAAGAACCAGUUGUAACAUUUUGUGGUCACCUAUAUUGCUGGCCUUGCAUCUACAGGUGGAUACAUUCCCAGAGAAGCUCCUUUGAAAGCUCUGAGCAACGACCCAAAUGUCCCAUUUGCAAAGCUGAAGUUUCACAGAGUACCUUGAUACCGCUCUAUGGCCGGGGACAGUCUAGGAAUCCAACUGAUAGUAAGGGCACCAAGCUUGAUUUCUUGGUGCCGCAGAGGCCUAGCAGUCCUAGAUGUGGGGUUCAGGCACUUAUAACCACCACUACCUCCAGUAGUUUACAACAUCCUGGCCGACAACUUCAUUACCAUGGUUUCCACCCGCAUCAUCACCAACUAAAUCCAUACAGCACUCUGGAUGUCAACUCCCAGUCACCUGUAUUCGAGCUUGCAGGAACCACUACAUACAAUCCUAUGAUUGAGAUGUUUAGUAAUAUGAUUGAUGCUCGGAUUCUUGGGAACUCACAAGAUACACAUUCUGCUUAUCCAAACACAUAUAGUGUUGUGACCACCAGUAGUGCACGAGGCAGAUGGCAUAUGAUGCAGGUUGAUAGGUCCCUGAGCAGAGUAAAUUUUUUCUUCUGGUGUUGUGUUAUUUUGUGCCUGCUACUGUUUUGAGACGAAUGUUCCCUGCUUGACUGCCACAACUCAAAUGUAUCUAUUUUAUACUUGUAUAUAUGAAAAUGAGCAUGGCUGGUAUACGAUCAAUUUGCAUGCCGCAGACCGUCAAUCAAUGACUUGAUUUUGUCAUUAAAUUUGGGGUAUCUAAUGUAUACAGACGGACUCAUGUCAUGCUUAUGUGACAUGUCAUUGUAAAGUGCUGAAAUUGCUGAUCAUUAUGUUCAUAUAAGCUCUACGGUAGAAAGUAAUUUCAUAGGAUCAGUGAUAACUAAACUCGUGAGUACUGUAAUAUCUAAUAUGCCAAUUGCAAAAUUUGUGGUAUUAUAAAGUAAUAUAUGAUGAAUGUUCAUUACUUGAGA